AUGACGGAAAAGGAAAAUGGAAACAAAGAUAAGAGGCGGAAGGAGAAGCAUCGCAAACAUCAUCGUGACCGCCGCGAAAGUUGUAAUGGUGUUGUUAACUCAUCUGCAGCCAAAACUAGGCCCGAAACUGCUGUGGCAAUAGAGGGUGCGGAUGAGGAAGUGGAGAACUGGGAUGAAAACCGUACACGGGUUGAUCAACUCUGUCAAACCUACCCGAACAACAUGUGCAACGACUGCAACAACGCUGGAACUCGCUGGGCCUCGGUUAAUCACGGCGUGUUUUUAUGCAUUCGGUGCUCCGGCAUCCAUCGCUCACUGGGCGUCCACGUGUCGAAGGUGAAGUCAGCUAACAUGGACAAGUGGAGUGCAGCAGAGGUUCAUUUGAUGGAACUCAUAGGCAAUCAACGGGCAAAGUUACUUUACGAGGCGCAUCUUCCUAAAGAUAUGAAGCCCAUGACGUUUGCAGAGUCUGAUGCUACUCUACAAACUUUUAUCCAGCGGAAGUAUCAGGAAAAAGCAUUUUCUGUGGAGGCCGUAGAUGAGAAACUUCGCCAGUACCAUAAAGAAGCGCGGUACGGGAAGAAACCGAAGCGGAAUAGCAGCGCGAGUCGUAAAAAAAAAGCGAAUGACGGAGCGAACGACAAAGCCGAGAGGAGUUUGAAGGGGGAGGACACAAUCAAGGCGUUAUAUGGCUCCAAUGCGGAGGUUAUAUCUAAAAUGUCAAAGAGGACGGGACCCAUUCGUGGGACUUUUGGAGUAGUGAAUGUUGGACCGGAAGCGUACGAUGAGCGGCGCAAGACACUUCUGGAGCAGUUUGGCUUUUCUUGA